AUGGGUGAAGCUCACCUCUUUCAUCAGCCAACGGGGCGCUUGCUGGGCUCGAGUCGGCACCAUGCAUCGAGCUCAAUAUCAUCCAUCGGACAGCGCGCUACCGACGACCUGCUCUCCUCCAUGACCCCUUCGACUGCCCUGGACGCAUUCCGUAACCCCACUGGUGCCCUCAAGAAAUGCCUUGACUCAGCUACAGCCACAGAGCAGGCAUUUGCCUUGGGAGCUGCCAUUGCCUCCAAGAACAUAUACGACUGGUUGACUGAGCUGUCGGAAUGGACCUGGCCAACUGACAAAGAUGGUUCUUCGGGUUUCGAUUCUACGGCAUCCAGGGGGCGGCAAAAACGCGACUCACACCAUGACGAUGUCGCGGAGGAGUCGAGGGCUGAUGAGAAGGAUGGCAUCGUAGGGCACAAGGCGUGGCUGGGAUGCUUACAGACCAGUGAGGUUCUGCACUACGAGCAGCGCCUUGCUUCAAUACAAGCCGAGCUGGACGAUAUGGAUAUUGAAGGGAUCAAGCGGCAUGUGCUUUACAACCACAUUCUGCCCUUGUCGAGGCCAGGCACGCCCAUGUCUGCCAGGUCCGCAGCCUCAACAGGAUCAACAGCCUCUUUCUACAACAAAAUGGAUGACAUAACCGCUCUCGUCACUGCUACAGUAGUACAAACACUUCCAAACCUUUCGCGCCUAGUACGACUUAUGAGCAGUUGGCGUGUCCGGCUUCUCGUCUUGCGGAGGGUCCCGAUGACACUGAAGCUCCUAGAUGAUGCGGAGAUUGCACUGAGAUCAGGAUGGAACGUGAUCGAUGCCGACAUAAACAAAAAAUCGAGUUCGACUGCCACUGUGGAAGAUGAAGCUGCUAUCCCGCAACGUUCGACGUUGCUCCGGCAUGACUUUGAGGUCAUGAAAUCUGUGCUUGGCCAAAAGACGGCACAGGCUGGUAGCGCAAUCGAUUUUAUGCUGGACCAGUUGGAUGGCCGGCCAGAGACCGUACCCUCCGAAUGGAUUGAUCGUAUGGAUGGUCUUGAAAAGGGGUAUGGUGACUGGAUAGCCGUCUGCGAGAAGAUGAUGGCGGAUGCAGAACUGGCCAAGACUAUUCGGCCCAGGCCAUCAAUUCAAGCACUCGACCAAACUCCAGAAGCAACUGCAAAGAGGCCAACAAGUUCGGCGUCUACCAUGACCACCCUGAUCACGAGCCAUGAGCAGACCGAAACCCCACCACUGCCCAAGGCUCAGUCAAGAAAUAACCGUGUAGCCGAAAUCAGCCCUCCCAGCUCACCACCCUCGAUGAGUCGACACGAGCGUGCCAGAUCUACGUCCUUUACCGAGAUACCUCCACUAUUGGAGGAAGACGAGAGUAUUCUGGAAGGAACACCGCCUAAAUCACCCCUCGAACCAUCCUUGCUCGAGGACUCCGAGCCGGAGACACCACAACAGCUUCCUCAUAUCAGGCCAGAUCACGCUGACGAGCUCCAGCAGAAGAUCAGUUCGAUCCUAGGCUCGAUUCCGGCUAAGAUCCACCUGUCGUCACAGCCCAAUCCUAUUAACCACCUCAACCCACCGGAUUUGCAGCUGCCACAUCUGAACACCAAAUCAUCAAGGCACUUUGACCGCAGUUCCACGCCGAGAAGUCAGUCAAGGAGUCAGUCUGCAAUGUCGGCGAGAUCCUCAAGAGCCGGAACCCCUGCUUUCCUAUUGGCGCCAGCGUUUGCCAGAACGACCAGAUCUCGUUUGCAGCGGGACAUCCAAGUCUAUCAUCUAUCGCGUGAGUCUACUGGCGAGCCACCGAUCAAGCUUUUCAUCAGACUGGUCGGCGAGAACGGGGAUCGAUGUAUGGUGAGGGUUGGAGGUGGGUGGGCAGAUCUUGGAGAGUAUCUAAAGGAGUAUGCCAUUCACCAUGGCAGGCGAUCAAAGGGUAGUAGCGCAAGCAAGGUUGAGGUGAAGGACAUCCCAACCUCUAGCCCUGGAAACCGGCCAGCCUCGGCACUAGACUCACCCAUAACGCCUCUGCAUGUCCGUAAGACGCGACGCAGCUUCGGCGGCAUGGAGGACAGUGCCUCGUCGGCGCGACAGGCCUUCCAACCCAAAACACCGCUUUCCGUUCUCUCUGUAGACUCGACCGCCCACGCCGAUAACCAAUCCCACCAAAUUACACCCCCUUCGGAAUCGUCGACAAGAUCAAGAUCCUCAUCUCGCCUUAGCUGGGCCGAAGAAGACAGCCUGCUCGGCAUGUCAGGCCCAACUGGAAAGCAGAUCGAGCUUGAUGCGGAGAGGAAGGAAUGGAUCGAGAACGUAAAGGAGAAGGUGCGCAUUGCUAGCGGCGAGCGCAGACUUCCUCCUACGAGCGGCGGAUCCCCGGGUGAGAAUUUCUUUGGCGAGAUCAACAAGGUCGGAGGUACCAAGCGGCUCUUCAGGAGGGGUAACCAAUAG